CUUGUAGAGAAAUCCGCGGCGUUUUACCUUGAAUAUAAUCUUGAUGAACUUGAAUUUGAUCUUGAGUUGUACUUAAAUUCAAGGGCUUUUGAGCUUGUUCUUGAAUCUGGAAAAAAAUGCAGUAGAACAUGUGAAUCAAAGUUUUGUGCAGUUCCUCCAUUCCUAAGAUAUGGCAAGUAUUGUGGAAUUAUGUAUAGUGGAUGUCCAGGGGAACAACCAUGUGAUGGACUUGAUGCUUGUUGUAUGAAACAUGAUCUAUGUAUACAACACAAAGACAAUAAUUAUCUAAAUUUGGAGUGCAAUGAGAACUUCUUGAGUUGUGUAGCUAAGUUCACAAAAUCAGGAUCUCCAACAUUCAAAGAAAAUACAUGUUCAAUUACUACUGUUGUUAGAGUAAUCACUGAUGUUAUUGAUGCUGCUGUUGCUGCUGGGAAAAUUUUCAAGAAACCAUAGUAUUUUUUAAAACCAUUUUUAAUUUUUCUAACUUUUUUUUUUUUUUUACAUUUGAAGAAAAUUGUUGUUAUCAUUGUGCUUGAAAUUUCUAUGGGGACCAAAUUAAAUGUCUAGAUGUA